AUGGGUCUCCAAACAUUGUUGACUGCCGCGUUUGCGGCUUCUGCCGCCGCCGAAACCAUUCACGGCGUCGUCGUCUUCACCAGACAUGGUGAUCGCACCACGCGCAUGUUCCCCGGCUACCACCUGACGAAUCUCGGUGCGCAGCAAGCCUACAAUUCCGGGCAGUUCUACCGGGAACGCUACGUUGCCACUGGGUCCGAAUCCCAGAUUGCCGGCAUCGCACCUGACGAGGUUGACAGCCGACAAGUCUGGGCCAGCGCGCCCAACCAAGGCUUGCUGUUCCAGACGGCCAACAAUUUCCUGCAGGGUCUGUACCCGCCGCUGGCCGACUUGGACGAGUCGCUGGCCGCAGAAGCUCUGACGAAUGGGUCCGACUACACCGGUCCCAUCGACGGCUACCAGUUCAUCCUGAUUCAGGGCCAGCCUGCCACCAGCCAGGACGCCAUCUGGAUCAAGGGCGACGAUAAUUGCCCGGCGCACAUCGCGUCACAGAAGUCGUAUCUAAAUACGAGCGAAUACCAAGCCGUGUACGAUGAGACGGACGAGUUCUACUCGCGGUUCGUGCCCCUCCUGGGCCCCAUUCUCGGAGACGACGGCGUCAACUAUGAGAAUGCCUACGAGAUUUUCGAUCUGAUGAACGUUGCUUCCAUUCACAACCAGUCCAUCGCGGACGAGAUCGACCCCUCCGAUCUCGACCAGCUCCGCUAUCUCGCCGAUCAAUGGGAGUACAACACCAACUUCAACGCCUCGGAGCCGGAGCGCAUGAUUGGCGCCAAGACCCUGAUCGGCGGCAUCCUGCGCCAGAUGAACACCACCGUUGCCGCCCGCGGGCGCAGCAACAAGUUCCAGCUCUUCUCCGGCUCCUACGACACCUUUGUGUCCUUCUUCGGCCUCACCAACCUGACUUCCGCCGAUCCCAACUUCUACGGCAUCCCAGACUAUGCCUCCACCAUCGCUUUCGAGAUGUUCACCGAGGGCGGCGACGCCGAGAGCCCCGCGCAGUUCCCCGACGAGGACGCCGUCAACGACACGCUGCAGGUCCGCUUCCGCUUCCGCAACGGCACCGACGGCGCCGCGCCGUUCGAUGCCUACCCCCUCUUUGGCGGCCAGGAGCUCGCUCUUCCUUACGGCCAAUUCAGAGACCGCAUGAAGGCCGUCGGCAUCACUUCGGCCGGCCAGUGGUGCACCACGUGUGGCUCCCUGCAGGACUUCUGCGUGGCUGCCAAUCAGACCUACGAGGGAGCCGAGUCUUCCUCUUCUUCGGCUAGUGGUGGUUCUUCCAAGGGGCUUUCCAACGCUGCCGCCGGUGGCAUUGGUGCUGGGGUCACCUUGGCUGUGGUCGCCAUCGUUGGCGUCCUCGCCUACUUGGUGGUUCGCAGACGACGCAGCGGCAGCGGCGCCGCAACCCCCAACUUCUCGGUUCCGUCUGAGAAGCGGUCUGACAGUGGCUCCUCCGUGUAG